GCGGCCCGACUAAAACCGUGGGUGUGAUGCUCGUUAUAAGAUUUCAAUUGUUUUCACUUGUUAGUCACUACUAUAGCCAACACGUUUCUACAUUGUCCUGUAGAAUUUGUACUGGUGAACACAUCUUGAUUUUAUGAUAGGGCUUUUGCGAUAUAAUAAUUUAUUAGAAGAAAAGAAGACAUUAAGCAACAGAUGCAAGAAGUCAGUGAGGAUGACUAUCCUGCAGUUUCAGAUAGAAGUUUAUUAGAAAGAAUUUAUUAUCAUCAUGGUCUUUUCUGUGCCAAUCAUCCUGGUGUGAUUAUAUGCAUUUGUGCAGUUUUUGUAUUUACAUGCAGUGCACCAAUUCUUAUCUUCUUUUCAUUGGAUGCCAAAAUUCCUUCAGAAUGGAAUGAGACAAUAUCAGCAAAGAAUGUAAAUGAAAAUAAGCCAAACUGGUUAAAAGAAAAGCCUGCUGUAUACAUUCAACAAGUAGCUGUUAGUGUUUUACUUGGUAAAGUAAACAACAGUUUGAUGUUACCCUAUGGAUUACAUGAAGCUUUCCAUCCUGUUUUUGAGAUAGUUGAUUUUUUGAAUGAAUAUCAAUUUACUGAAAGCAAUGGAAAAAGAAUGAAGAUAACUGAUCUUUGCUUUCUUAUACGUCAUUAUGAUUCAUUCUUGCUUGGUGAAGAGGCAAAAUUUUUACCAAGAGAUGGAUGUCUUCAAAUAUCUCCAGCCAAUCUUUGGAAUGACGUUGCUAGUUUUCAUACUGAUAAAGAUAUUGUAAGUAAAAUAUAUGGAAAGUCAAGGGAUAACGUCAGUUUGAAAGAAAAUAUAUUUGGAGUACCUCUUCAAGCAAUAGGUUUGUUUCCUUUGCCCGGAAGUAAUGAGUGCCUUGUCAUUCGUUAUGCCGUCACUAUUGUAUUGGAGGAAUUCCACCAAAACUUUAUGGAGAAUAUGAAGAAAAAUUUGCACAACAAGUUUCCAGCCAUAGUCGAAGUUGAAAGAAGUUCUACUUUGGUUCAUAUACAUUACGAGGGUGAAAAUAUCAUUGAAAUAUACCAUCUGUGUUUUGUAUAUUUUAUCGUUUUCAUAUAUCUUGGUUUUUCAUUAUCCAAAAUAGAGAUGGUGAAAUCUAAACUUGGUCUUGCACUUAGUGCUGUUGUGACUGUUGUUGCUUCACUUGCAAUGGCUGCAGGAUUGUGUGUAUUUUUUGGUGUGGUUCCUUCUCUAAGCAGUAGACUGAGUGAAAUCUUCCCAUACCUCGUUAUCAUUAUUGGACUAGAGAAUAUUUUGGUGAUAACGCGAUCUAUCGUCUCCACGCAUCCGUGUCUUCCUGUCCCCGUUCGUGUUGCCGAAGGUUUGAGUAGAGAAGGUCGAUCCAUCACGUUAAACUUAGUUACCGAACUUCUGUUGCUUCUGUUUGGUUACUUCACUUUCGUACCUGUUGUUCAGGAGUUUUGUAUGGUUGGAGGUGUGGGCGUUCUUACUGACUUUUUCCUGCAAAUAGUAUUCUUUGCGACUGUUCUUUCCAUUGAUCUAAGUCGUCUUGAGCCUUCCACGCAGUACAUGAAGUCUCCGCAUGUUGAAAUUAAUGUGUCCAACAGUAUGCGGCCAACUCAAAAACCAAGUAAUGUUACAGAAGCUAAAGCGUUACCUGAAAAGACCGCUGUACAUAAAGCAAACAACUGGAGUGAUGUUUGGGCAUAUCUCUGUAAUCCAAAAAAGAUAUUUUCUUUGCGUCAAGAUCUUCCAAAGAGAUUAAACUUCGCCUAUUUUUGGGCAAGGACAAGAAUAGCUCAGAGAGGAAUUAUGGUUUUCGCCAUCGUUUACUUUAUAUAUAUCACAUCGUCGACGAUUUCUUUUACGGAGGAAAGUUCCACAGGGAUGAAAGAAAAAAACUCCAAUGGAAAUCACUCAAAUACACAUUCUAAAAACGUUUCAAAACAAGAACUUUUCAACACAUCUGCUUCUUUUAAUAAAGUCAAAUUUCUUUAUUCCUACGUAACGGAAUCCAAAGAAAAACGUAUAAAAAAAGAACGUAGAAAUCUUGAUUCCUGUGAUGAUAAAUUCAAGCGUACGGGAUUUUGGAGAAAUCUUUCGCGACAACACUGGCCGGAGUUUUUAGACCUUUAUGGCAUUAAUUUGAUGGAUAGAUAUAUCACUGUCCUACCUCAAAUCAAUCUUCAGUUUAAAAUGAACAAAACUCGUCUCACCGAUAAUACAAAUUAACUGACAAUUUGUCAAAGUUCUAUGAAGAUUUUAGCAAAGACUUUAGGCGCUCGUCUCGAGAUCAUGCUGUUGAACUGGCUGGUCUUGUGAAGAUCGUGUAUCUUAUAACGGCUAUCGUUGUAAUUAUCUCUGUUUACCUCAUUUAUCAACUACUAUCCACAAGACCCCGACAUAAGUUGAGAAAAAUGAAACCGAAAUCUGUCAUGCUUCUCACAUCUCCAAUAAUUCUAGAUGGCCAUCGUCAGAAUAUUGAAUGUCUUGAGUGCAGCAAUGGUGUCAUUGUUAGUUCGUGUCUUGAAGGCAUUGUUCGCGUGUGGGAUGCUAAAACAACUGAAUGUAUCAACGUUUAUGAAAGAGAAAG